CAUCGUCUGCAUUAUUGCAGAGCUUAAACCACUUCUCAAAGACAAGAAGCUUUCUCCAUACAUCGGAAUAUCCCGGGAAUGGAACAAUGCGAUCGAACGAGAAACUUUCCAGACGAUUGUAGUCUAUUCGACUGAGCUACACCUGCGUCUUAGACCCAGUUCGACCACUUUUGAGCGCUUCAAGCAAAUGAUGCAGCGCAACAAUGGUCGCCGUCGCGCAAACAUCAAACGACUUACCUUCGUUGCCGGCAUCCACAGUUCACUCGAUUCGGAUGAAGCCCAAACUGAGCUUGGCCAGACAGCAAACAACGAAGCUUUCACAAGAUCUCUUAGUGAAUUUUGCAUGUUCUUAGAAGGCUGGGAUGUUUGUCGUAAGUAUCGGGAAUUGGAGAUUGCUCACUUGGCUAUAAAUAGCCCUUAUCCACCAGAAAGCUUCUACAUGAGCGGUCGGGACCGGAAAAGACUCGAAUCUAGAGACAAGCCCUACUUGCGUUACAAUGGUAGCUCUUUACCUUUGAUACGCUACUUCGACAAGUUGCAAAUGAGAGGAGGCUCUCGCAUCUGGCCGCCAUCCUUAGUACAGAUAGCGGCAUCUCUGGAUGGGCUUGUAAACACCGAUCUCGACCUUCGGGACCUUGUUAAUGCAGACUCACAACUCCACCUCAGAUAUCGUCAAGCUCUGGGUGAGUGUAUAAGCCAGUUACCUGCCUCUUGUCGCACUUUCCGUGCGAGAAUUUUUCAGUAUCCGUACGGAUUCGAGGCAGAGCCUGAAGUGGUGGCCCCAGCACUAGAUCAGCUGUGCAUCGGGCUGAGAGAUCUGUCUAUGCGGCUACGUCACCUCUCCCUCGAAGGUAUCUGCGUAUCGCCCGCGCUUUUCUGGCCGGGCAAGGACGAAAGCGGCGCAAAUACUGCAGCACUCUUCUGGCCAAACCUUGAAACGGUCAAGGUCGAGUUUGAGCGAUUUACAUCUUUUGGCCAGUGGCUCUUGGACCUAGAUCCCGAGUUGAUAUGGACAGGUGAUCCAUCUCGCACCGUUCCCAAGCCUGAAAUAAUCGGCCCCAUCUUCGCGGCUGCAGGGCGCGCUGCACAAUGCAUGCCAGCCUUGACUAGAAUGGAAGUGAAAAUGCGCUCUAUACCAUUUGUGUUCGAGCCCCAUCUUCUUUUCUGGCCUGACGAACGAAAUGGCUCUAUUUCUACAGUGCGUUGGACGUGCCAACUCGAGCCCGAAGUGUUCGAGGAUGAGGACGAAUACUACGAAGACGAAGAUGAAGACGAAAUGGAUGAAUGGGGCUAUUUCGAGCCUAGCGAAGACGUCGCGGUGGAAUGGUCCAGGGCCAGGGAAAGUUUUGAGCCAAGCAAAGAAGUUAUGGAGGUUUGUAAAGAGGUGGGUGAGGCAUGGGGUGUUACCAUUAACGAACUCAAGAAAAAAGACCGCUGGUUUAUUGCUGAGGCUGUUGUGCCGUGGCGAGUGGAGGAUUCAGACCAGCGUUUUUCCAUGGCCUAGAAGAAAAACAACACCCCGUGAAUCGGACGCUUCGUUAUUCGCGUAAUUGUAUACAGUAACAAUGUUGAGCCUGG